GUUUUAGUCACGUGAUCGGUAAUUUUGGGACAUUCAUUCAUACUGACCAUACACUUCUUGUACUCAUUUCACCCAUUUGCAAUCUUCAAAACAGAGACUUAAAAAUUUGUAAACAGAGACAGUAAUAAAAUCAAUGAAUGACUUAAGUCAUUCGACUUAAUUUGUCAAAAAAAACAGGUGUAUGUCUUGUCAGCAACACUAGGUACAUGUCAUUGAUAUCAAUGAUUAAUCCAGGUGCCUUGAUCAAAUUUACUAAAUCAUAAAAGCCAUUCACUCAUGCUAUUCAAGUCAGUUAAAAUGACUGCAAAUGUUGGUCAGUAAAGAUCUUACAAGCUAAGCCCAAGCAUGGCACACAUGCAAAAUGACGGAUAUAAUGUCAAUGACAACCAUAAAGUUCUGAUGUCCACCAAGCAAUUCAGGAGGAAAAGAUCAAGAAAAGUCAUACCAACUGUACCUGAAAAAUGGAAGGAAGAAUUUGACAAAUUAGCACUGAAACCAAGGUCAAUCCAAAUCAAAUUGCUAAAUCCACACAUCACGUGUCCAGUUUGCCAAGGAUAUUUAGUUGAUGCUACAACAAUAACUGAAUGUCUACAUUCAAUUUGUAGAAGUUGUAUUGUGAAGCAUUUUGAGAGAGUUCGUUGCAACUACAAAUGUCCACUAUGCCACGAGCUUGUGCAUAAAACAAAUCCUUGGUAUAAUCUUAAAACCGAUUGUGUUCUUCAGGACAUAGUUAAUAAACUGGUACCUGAUUUUGCAGAAGCUGAAGAAAGACGGCGAAUAGUUUUCUACAAAAGCAGGGGACUCGCCAUCCCAGACAAAGUGAUAAAACCAGACAUACAGAGACCUCAAAUUAAUCAUACUACAGUUACAAAAGCAGAAAGUACCUACUCUCAAUCACACUCACAACAAGUACAAGAAGCACAGAACCUAUUGAAAAUAUACUAUUCAUUGACACUUGAUCAUGAUAUAUUGAAAUCGAUCAUUAUGUAUAUUUUUAGUGUUGAUGAAUUCACACUUGAAGAUAUAGAGCCAUUGAAAAGAAAAUUUGUCCGUUGCUCGAAUCAGGUGACAAUUGGAUUACUUCAAGCAUUCUUAGCAAAGAAAUUGAAUCUUGAAGCUGCAAAUCAGAUUGGAAUAAUUUGUAAUGAUAUGGAACUGGGAUCAGAUUUAACUUGGCAGUUUAUAAAAGAAACAAUUGCCGAGGAAGAGGUGAGUUUCCACCUUAAGAAUUAUCAAUCUAAUUAUUCUGAGAAAUCUUCAAAGUUUACUCUGCUUUUCACAUGUAUUUCGUUUUCAGGACAGCAGUAAACCAUUGCUUUUGUAUUAUGGUCUCAGUGAUAUAUACUGAGCAUAAACUAGAGAGGAACAAGGAAAGUGUUAAGAAAAGUGAUGUUCAGGCUGACUCUUAUCAUUUCCAAACUCAAGUAAUGUUAACUAGAUAAAAGAACAAGAACACUUUACUUAACAUUGACCUGUAGGAAAACAGAUGAAUUAAAUCUAAAUCAGCAUGAUAGUA